AUGGGCUUGUCUCACAGGUCAUUUUGUUACGAAAAGGCGACGCCCCUGGAACUAGAGCAGAAGAGGGUGGACAAGUCUGGCACACACGCCCUGCCGCUAUUACAGGCAGGCAAAGGCUCCAGUCCCGACCAGGGCAAGCUUUGCGUUGGGCCCAUCGGCUGUUGUGAGCGAGCAAAUGAGAGAGCAGAAAAGGGCUGGCUGGGAGUCUACUUCAAAACCUUGGACGGUGCCAAUGACGCAAAGAAAAUACUUGACGGACGUUUAAAUAUUUCCAAAGAUGCCGAGAUGAUUGUUGAGAUCCUCAACCCCACCGCUCUCACUGCCCGUCGUUUUGAUGGAACCUCUACGGCAGGAACCAACAGCUACAUUCCCGCCUCUGCUGCCCCUGGAGGCCCUUCUGGUCGCCUACCUUCGCAGUUCCCGACUUCUUUCCACCCGCUCGACACUUCGGGCAUCUUCCCUGGCCACGAGUUUGUCCCUGGCGCGAAUACUUUUCACCAAAGCAUCUUCUCCCCGCAAUCCCCCAUCGGAAACCACCUCAAGCAAGUCUCGGAUCGAACUCACUUCUCGAGCAAGUCUCUCAUUACCGGCGACUACAACGAUGAUGACGAUACUAGUGAUCUGUUGAAGGAUCCUGUUGCCUAUGCUGAGAACAAUGUUUCUCAGGGCAUCCCUUUUGGCCGACGCGCAACUGCCCCGCAGCUUCCCAUUAACGGCGGCGCUGGACCUGGUAACAGUGUCACCCACAUGAAUUUCAACCACCCUCCUGGGUCUCACCACCCUCGUCCUCCUCCUGCAAACCCGGCCGACCAGAACCCGCCAUGCAACACGCUGUAUGUUGGAAAUUUACCCAGUGACACGUCCGAGGAAGAGCUCAAGGCCAUGUUCUCCAAGCAACGCGGCUACAAGCGUCUAUGCUUUCGCACCAAGUCGAAUGGCCCCAUGUGUUUUGUCGAGUUUGAGGAUGUUUCUUUUGCGACCAAGGCUCUUCACGAGCUCUACGGCCAUCCACUCCAUAACAGCACAAAGGGCGGCAUUCGUCUGAGCUUCUCCAAAAACCCUCUGGGGGUCAGGUCCAGCCAGGUCUCCGCCCAGCCCUCGUCUAUGCAGCAACCCAAUGCCAAUGGCAUUACUAACGGCAUCGCCAAUGGCUUCAGCGCCUCCGGACCCCCUCCGGGCCUACCCAUUCCCGUCCCCCCCGGUCUGGGAAACAGACGGCACAACUUUGGUUCCAACGGCAAUGGCGCAGCCAGCAACCAGCAGCAACAGUUUGGCUACCCUGGCUAUCCCACAAACAGCAACAGCCCAUGGAACACACCGUCCUAUUGUACUUGA